GUGACCAGAACGCCCGGGCCCGGCCCUUCCGGAGCGGUUGUGGCUGGUAUAUAAGGCGCGGCGACCGAGGCUCCGUUCUGCUCUGGGCGUUAGCAUCGUCGGUGUCCCGCCUCCGCCCGUCCCCCAGAUUUGGUAUUCUACAGUGAAGUCAUCAUGAACUUUUUCCAACUCCUGAGGAAAAAGAAGGAACUUAUCCCUUUGGUGGCGUUCAUGAGCGUGGCAGCGACCGGAGCGGUGUCUUUUGCUUUGUAUUCCCUUAAAAAAACCGACGUGAUCAUUGAUCGGAAAAGAAAUCCAGAACCUUGGGAAACUGUGGAUCCUAGUGUACCUGGAAAGCUUAUAACAAUCAACCAAGAAUGGAAGCCCAUUGAAGAGUUGCAGAAUGUCCGAAGGGCGACCAAAUGACCAGCCCUCGCCCCUUUCUUCCCAAGAGUACUCUAUGAAUCUAGUGGAAACACUUCUGCACAAACUAGAUUAUGGAUACCAGUGUGCGGAAAUGCUUCUGCUACAUUUUUAGGGCUUGCCUACAUUUUCGGACUCAGGAUAAGGAAUUGUAAAGACAGUGCAGCGAUAAUCACAUUGUCCAAAAAUAAGUUUCUGUGUUUAUUUUCUUGUUGUAAAUUUGAAUUUUGCAUAUUGAAAUUUUUAUGUUUAUGAUGCCUGAAUGUUUUCCUUGAAAUGUAUAAUGAUUUGUAAAUUACAUUGUCUGUAAUAAAAUACCAUUUGUGCAAGA